CAUAGAUGUCGAGCUGCAUGUAUUUACGGGUGAACGGCAGGAGGCGAGAAGGGACGUGGUACCAGUGCACCAGCCAAAUAACUGCGCGAAUUUCGGGCAGCCGUCGUCCAGAUCGUGCGCUUGCUGGCAUGUAUGCAUUGGAUUGUUUUUGGAUGCGCUACUUCUGAUUGCUUCAAUGGCUUCAUGCAUGUAUGCGUCACAACUUGGGCUAUUCGGAGCAUGACGUCUCUCGAAGGUGCUUGUCGCUGUCAGUCUCGUGCACAUGAGGACCCUCUCGCCGUCGAAUGCGCUGACCCUUUUCCCCCCGACCCUGCACUCAGUCCGCCCGCAUGCUUGGGUUCAUUGGCCCAGCACUCUUCUCUCUCGCUGACGGUUUCAUGCGGCCUGCGUAUCGCCCAUUACUUGCAGCAUCUGGACUUGAUCGAACUCCGAGUGUACUAGUUCUAAUAGCCUAGUCGUCGAAUGCCUUGGCUCAGCACCUAAAUUGUCGAAUGCAUCCAAUCAGUUUGCGCUGACUGUUCGGAUGCACUCCCUUGGUUGCUUCACUACUUCCUCGUCUGAUUUCCUUUCCA